GACUGCUGUCUGACCCCUUCUGUCAUCCUUCCUCGCCUGAAGUCUGUGACCCCAGCCAUGAGGACCCUCACCCUCCUUGCUGCCCUUCUCCUGGUGGCCCUCCAGGCCCAGGCUGAGCCACUCCUGGAAAGAGCUUAUGAGAAUCCAGCCCAGCAGCAGCCCGGGGCAGAGGACCAGGACGUGGCCAUCUCCUUUGCAGGGGACCACAUCUCUGCUCUUCAAGCUGCAGAUCCUGUGAGGCGUGUGACCUGCUAUUGCAGAGGAGCCUGUUCUUUUCUAGAACGUAUUGCUGGGUUCUGCCGAAUUCGUGGUGUCUACUACAGACUCUGCUGUCGCUGAGCAUCAAGAACAGAGAAAAAUGAGUUCUAAAUUUGCUUUAAGACCUAGAGGGGAGUGGUUAUUACUCCUAUACCUUUACCUCAAUUUUCUUUCCUCAUCCUAAAUAAAGUCCCUGUAGCAAGUU